CCCUUGCUUGCAUGAGCUUUCUAUCUCUAAUUGCCCCAAAUUACAAGGAAAAUUGCCCCAUCAUCUCUCGUCGUUGAAAAAACUCUCCAUUUUUGCAUGUGGGCAAUUGGUUGUUUCAAUUCCAAAGCAUUCAAUGCUUCAAGUAUUACAAAUUGAGGGAUGUAAAAAGGUUGAGCAUGGGCCUGUGAAGGUAGAAAAGCUAAUAAUAGGAAAUUGCAAGGAGUUGACAUCUUCGUGUGAAGAUGGGCUUAUGUCCCUUGUAACACCAGAUAUCAAAAUCAAUUCGUGCCAAAGUCUUGAAAACAUCAAGUUGAAGUUUACAUUAAGGACACUAACAAUCAAAGGCUGCAAUGCUUUAGAAUCCUUGGAAUUUGUGAUAGAUGAGGGAGGGGCUUCUUCAACUUCUUCUUUAUUGAUGAAUGAGGAGAAUUUUAGCUGCAUUGGUAACAACAAUGCAUCUCUUCUUGAGCACCUGGAAAUUUAUAAUUGUCCCUCCCUAAAAUGCGUAUCAACAAUAGUCGACCUAGCUGCCAUGCUUAAAUACCUUGAUAUUAAAGAAUGCCCAAAUCUAACAUCUUUAUCAUCAAGAGACACGUUACCUACCACCCUUAAAGUCCUUAGGCUAGCGUACUGUCCAAAACUGGAGUCAAUAGUAGACAAGUUAGACAAGGAUACGUUACUUGAAGAUCUUUUAAUUUAUAGUUGUGAAAAGCUUAGUUGCUUACCGAGAGGCCUACACGAACUCUGUCACCUCAAAAAGAUUGAUAUAUACAGGUGUAAUAGUCUUAUCUCUUUAGGAGAUUUUCUCCCCACCAACUUGAGAAGUCUUGAAAUCGAAUACUGUGAGAAACUGGAGGCCUUGCCGAGCAACAUACACAACCUCAACUUUCUGCAAUAUUUAUCAAUACGUGACUGUCUAAGUAUCGUAUCCUUUCUGGAAGAGGGUUUCCCCACCAACCUAAGACAACUUUGGUUGUCAGGGGCGAAUCUCUGUAAGCAAGUAUUUGAGUUGGGAUUGCACAGGCUCACGUCACUUACAUAUCUCUGGAUUGCUAAUGGAAUUAUGGAUUCGUUUCCAGAAGAGGAAGAUGGGAAGACGAUGUUGAUGUUGCCUACAUCUCUCACUACCCUGAGGUUUAAUAAUUUUCCAAAUUUGUUAUUCCUCUCCUGGAAGCUUUUUCAAAACCUCUCUGCACUUGAACAAAUUUACAUCGCUGAGUGCCCUAAACUCGCGUCUCUCUCAGAGAAGUGUUUUCCUCCCUUGCUUCAGCGACUUUAUAUUUAUGAUUGUCCUGUGCUGAAACAAAACUGCGAGAAAGACAAAGGGAUGAUGUGGUCAAAGAUUGCCAACAUCCGUUCGGUUAUAAUUGAUGGUGUGGAGCAGCAGAAAUAAUUUUGCAAAACAGAGAGAUCUUCCUUCCAGUGUUGCAGUAGAGUCUAGCUUCCAAACUUGAAGGAGGUUACAUAUCAUGUUGAGGAACAAUGAUAGGUGGAUAUGCAUAUAAUGGCAGGAUGGCUUUUUAUGAAUAUGAUGCCUGAGCAGCAUGUCAUUUUAACCAAAGAUCAUGCCUUACACAGAUGAUCAAAGUAUUCUUACCUGUGUUGCAGAUGGCAGCUACUACUUGUAAAUUCAGGAAUGUGACCAUAUGGUCAUGAUCAAAAAGAAACGGCUGGGAAUCAUUCUCUAAGAAGCUAUAAACCUACUGUGUGCAAUUGGAUACAAUUUAGUGAUUGUCAGGUGUGGCAAGAGUUGAUCUUUGGUGGAGGUGGUGGGUUUGGAGCAGAUAAGGUGCGAGCUUUGUUAGACAAUUUGCGAAGCCUUAUACUAUGUACUUAUGAAAGGUGUGACAGCUGCACUUGUACUUACGAAUAUGUAAGGGGUUUACAGCCUUUGUUGUGGAUCGAUGACAUGAAGCUGUGAGAUACAUGCUGUUAAAAUAUUGUUGUGCUGUGUUCCUAAUCUUCUAAGCCCUGGUUUCAUCAGGCUGUUGGCAAUGCUGUGACAGUGCUUGAUUAUAGUAAGAAAAUGGAGCAGCUUUGUAGGGAGGCUUACUUGUUAAAGAAGGACCAAGUUAUCAAGCUGAGGGAAGUAUUAGAGGCUGACAAGGAUGGAAACUUCUGGUUAUGCAGUAUGUGAUAAGAGAUGAAGUUGGAAAGGUUCAUGCUUGUUUGGCAAGGAUAGAAUGGGUAAUGCUGUUACUGCUGGAUUCUUUAGCUGCGAAAAAAAUUUCAAAUCCACUGCCUUCCUCCUCCUGUUGAGACAAGCUUUGCGGCCAUGAAGCAUAUGGGAAUUCAAAGUGUUUUUGUGCUUUCAACCGGCAAAUAGCUUGACAAACUUUUGAAAACAGACAAAAUCAAGACUGGGUGAGUGCAGGUGUUAUUGGUGACCUUCAAAGUCUAUUAACCAGUGUAAGAAGUGUUGGCUCUAAUAGGAUUGAUCCCAGAAUUCCUUGUCAUGUCAGGCACCAUGCAAAGAUGACAUCAAAUUGCUAUAUGAAUGUCUUUUGUUCCUCUGCUGGUAGGUAGGGGCUCUAUUUUGGUCCUGUUUGUAUCAAACAUUUUGCUGUGUUUGUGUACUGUCUCCUUUGUAUCUAACUUAUGUUUUGUUUUGUGCCUAAUCAAAGUUACAAGUUUGCACUAUAUAGUAAGGGAUGCGAUUGACAUGCAACCAGUUUGACCAAUUUGUUGGAAGAUUGUUUUUUGAAACCUUAGUUUCAGGAUUAGUAAUCAAACAGUCUUGGCUUAAAAAAAUCAUUCAAACAGCAAUACACAUUGUACUUGAAAUCGCAGCUUUUUGAUCAACCACUAUGGUGAGCACGGUAAUUUACUAUAUAGUUAGACCAUCAAUAUAUUUUUCCCCUUCUAAAUUUUUCUUGAUAGUGUUAGCACAGACAUUUCAGCGUUUGAUUUGUUCAUCUAGCUCGAAUUCAUUUCAAGUUUUCAGCUACUCUUUGAUGAUGGAUGUUUGCAUUCAUGAUGGGCUAAUUAGUAAUACCCAGCAGUACAUUGAUUUGUUGGAUUCUAGAGUUCAUGUCCAUUUUCUGCAAUUUCACAAAAGACCUAUGAAAGAAAGGCAAGAAGGAGAAUAGAGGUGUACUCUGUAAUUGACAAAUAUUCCUCUCAGUUUGCACGCUCAGCCAUGUUCAGAUUAUGUAUCAUGUUAUGGAAGAUGAUGACUAGUGGAAAUGCACAAAAUGACAGGAUAGCUUUUUAAUAAGAUGCCUGAGCGGAAUGUAAUUUCAACCAAAGAUCAUGCUUUUGAGGAUAGUCAAGCAUUGUCACCUAUGCUACAGAUGGGCAGAUCUCAUGACCAUUUUUCAGGGAUUUCACAAUGGAAACAUGAAAGGAGGCCCAAAAGGAGAAGGGAGGUUGGACCGUAAUUCACAAAUAUUCUUCUCAAUUUGUACCUGCUCUAUAUGUAAAGCUGAUUCCACUUCAGGUUGUUUACUAUUAUCACUUAUUUGUAUCUGUUGUCCAUCUUUACUUGGUUAAUUCUUCAGGCACAGAUUAAACCUUCCCACUAUACUACCAUCAAUGUAACCUACUUAAUAACUCCAUUCAGUAAACAUAUACUAAAAGGAGGGCUUUCUGCAGCUAUUAAAUGAAACAAAAAUGCAUUUUGUUAUUGGGGGUCUAAA